AUGACUGAAAAAUGGAUAUGUUAUAUACAUGUUUUCAAGUUUUGGACUUUGGGGUUCAGCCCUUGGCACUCAGAUCUAGGCCUACACAUACAGCUUGGCCAUCCCACUGGAGAUUCUUGUUCAUUACCUCAGCAAGCAUUCAAUGAUGAUUUCAUGCUCAUCAAUACUAAUGGUAUUCACACCAUUGGACUGGAUUUUUGUGGUUGCGCAACCGCUCAAACAAAGACCAAGCAAUUACUACGCACAGGGUUGUUUCCAGCUACAACUAUUGAUCCAUGUACUGCAGCAACCUUCCGCAUCCUUGAGCAGUAUCACCUUCUGUCAUUUGAGUCAAAGGCUUCUUGGUAUGAAUUUUAUCACUUGAUUGUGCACCUCACCGAUAAUACUGGACUUCAUCCUCAAAAGGAUCAUUAUGAGCCAUUCUUGCAUAUGAUCUGUGAAUGGCGCCGAGGACAUGAUCCAGCUGGUGUGGCAAAUACACAAAGCGGAGAAUGCACUGUUCUAUGUCCUGUGUGCCCUCAGCCUCUCAAGAACCUUCCAGACAACUGGAAAGAUGCUCCGAGUGACAAGAGGUGGUUAUAUGCCCUAUUUGUAGCUAUUGAUGCAAAUUUCUGUCUCAAAAGACAUAUUGUGUCCAAGGAUGCUACAGACCCUGGGCUUAGUCAUGGAUGGACGUACUUUGUAGACAAGAUGGCAUACAAGGCAUAUCUACAAGUUCACGGUAGUAAGCCACAAGAAAAAAGCACCUGUACUUCACAUAAUGCAGUCAAUAUGGCUGACACAAAAGCUUCUCAGGGACUGGCUGCAACUGGAGUGGGGACAAUAGAUUGCGUGCAGCACAAUAUAAAGUUACCCAAUGGUGUUGGAGACUUGCAGAAGGGCGAAAGGUUUUUCAUCCCAAAAUUUCAUCUGCCGGCGCACAUUUUCAAAUGCCAAACUAUGUAUUCAUUUAAUUUCUCAAAGAAUGUCGGACAAACAGACGGUGAAGCCCCUGAAUGUGGCUGCACUAAGGAAAUGGGGCCAGGGUCUCAACGGGAUACUCUUGAUGAUCACUUCGGUGAUUGGAACUGGAAAAAGAUAAUCAGACUCGGCACAACAUUACUCCGAAAGAUAGACAAGGCUCAGGAGGAGAAAGAAGCCUAUAGAAUGGCUUUUGAGGAGCUAGAUGGUGCUUUGCAACCUAGGACAUCGGAUCCCUGGAGAUUGGAGAUUGAGUAUUGGGAACACAACCCCAAUGACUCUUCAGUUACAAACCCAUUCAGGCCGAAGGUCACCCCAAGGUAUCAACAUAUAUCUUCACCCAGCGUGUUUGUUGCAUCUGGCGUUGAUCUUGAAAAUGAACAGUGUCGUUUAAAGGCAGAUGUCGCUCAGCUUGGUUUGCAUCCCACAGACACACAGAAGGCUACCAUACAACAUCAGCGGAACUCUUUGCAGCACAAGAUCAAUGUGUGGAGGCACAUCCAGGCCCUCUAUAUCCCUGCAGUCCAACUACUACACUUGUCUUUAUUCCAAUCUUCCACAGACCCCAUCACACCAGAAGACACAAACCUCUACUUGCCAUCAGCUACGUGCACGAGAUCUAUGCGUUGUGAUACUCGCCUUCAGACCACCAAAUGGGAGCUCUGUUAUGCUCAGGCAGGUGAUGCACUGGAGGAGCUAAGGCAGAACCUCCACCUACGUGACUAUAUGUACACAUUUAAAAGAGAUUGGGUGCGUGGUCAGGGCACAAACACUCGGGCUCAAAAUGCACUCACUCAAGUACUUUCAAAGGUAUCAGCUGCAGCUGACAAGUAUUGUGCUGCUCAUGGAGCACUUUCUGCCCUUGCUCCCUUGCUCAAAAUGGUCAGCUGGAAUCUCAAGUAUAAGGAACUCCACAGGAAGGAUGAUAUAUGUGGGAUGUCAGCACCCACAAAAGGUGUAAGUGAAGGGAGAAGGCAACUAUCAUGGAUUUGGUUAGUAGAAGAAGUCAGAGAUGAUCAGGAUGAGGUGAUACAAGACAGCCUUAGAGUCGAGUAG